GGUCUCGGAGUGUGGUCACCCACCAUGUACAAUCUGUCUACAUUACAAUAGUGUUUCAGCCAGGAUUUCCAAAAGGCAGGGCAAUUUCGGACUCUCUUGGUUUGAUAAAAUAUUGAAGUCGGUAAAAGGUCCCACUUCCCGUCCCAACUCUUAUCUAAAAUUCUUGUUCAACAGUCACAUAUAAAAAUCAAGCAAAAGACAUUGUAAAACUACAAGAUGGACAUACAAUUCUUCAGAUGCGAGCGCGAUUGACUGCGCCCCUCGGCCGAAGUUUACGAGCGCUAUGGAGCGCAGGAGCAAUCGCGCACGUCAAAAGGCAAGGACUGCAAAUGUAAGUCUCACUUGAUGUCAGUACUACCAAGUCCAAUCACUUCAUCCGGAGUGUAGCUGUUGAAAACCCAUCUUCCGGUCUGGAGACGGGUUAUCAGGGGGUCACCUGGUACACUCCGGACCCAGUGGACCGGCCUCGUCCUGUUACCCGGGUGUAUCGAGGAAAGACGAUCAGGAUGACGAAAUGCAGUGCAUAGGAGGAGUCUAUCACCUGAAGGCAGAUGGCAGGAUCUUUUGUGGGAAUACGCGACCUCGACAUUAGUGUUUGACUCAAGGACUCUGAUCACGAGCAACUUUUUACAGUGGAAGCUGCCUCAUGUUAGAUAUCAGAAAACAACUGAGAGAAGUAUUACAUAACUUUAUGUUACCAAGCACUGGUCGAUAUGAAUGUGGUCUUCAUAUAUUUCGUAAACGUCAUAAUCGAUUGGUACAUUCUAAAACCAGAUUUAAGGUCUCAAUCCGUAAAAUCCGUUUUGGUUUGCGCCUUUGUGUGCCACCAGCAGAAAUGCACGACUUUUAAUGUUCUGUUAGACGAUAAUCAUAUCAUUUGCCAGAUGAGCAAGCGGAAGGGAACAUGCAUGGAAAAGACAGAUGCAUCUCCUUAUCCUGGGUUCCGGAUGUUUCAAGUGAAGGAAACUUCCCGAAUUAAGCUUAACCACGAAAUGAAAUUCGCAGCUAUUCCUCCAAUAAAAAUGACAAGAAGAUUACAUCUGUUCUUCCAUCCUCAUCGUCUUCUGGUACUAGCUGCGUAUAAAGAAGAACCAAUGUUCUACACGAGGCUCCUUGCUUAUGUUAUUGACUACACCCACCAUACCUUUAAGCUUCUCUACAAUUCCUCAAUAAUCUACAUGCCUUCUUUCUAUACCAUCUAUAAAUUGGCAUCAAACUAUUACACGAUAUACCGCCGUAUCAAAGUUGGUGCGAAGAAAAUAUCAAUAGGGAAUAUCGCGAAAUUGUACGACAUUUCUAAAGGUAGCUUUGUUGGGCAAUUGGUCAUACCACCAGAGGAGAAAUGUCUUCACUCGGGCGGAUGGCGGAACCAUUAUUACUCUCCGGUUCACACUGUGGAUCUAAGAGUAUAUGUUUUGGCAUGUUCAUUGCCUAAGGAGGGUGUUCAUUCCGUUACCACUUACUAUUCCUUUGCGAAGUACGAGGAGACGGAACUAAUCGUAACGCUUUUUCCUAAUAAAACAGUCACCUUAGCUCAUGGAAAAAGAGCAGGAUUUAUUUUUUCGUUCUUGUUUAGAAACGAUGCUUGUUUGUAUUUUAUUACUGAGUCAACUGCUUUCAUUUUCUUCCGUAACAUACGCCUUGGUCUGACCAACCAACAAAAAUUCACCCUGCCAAUUCGGCAGAUUCGCUUCUUGGCAGUCAAUUACAUCACUGGGAUAUUUCUAGAACAAAAUGUUUCGCCUUUGACAGAUUUAUUUGGUGUCGCUAUUAGUUGUUCUCCAGCAGAUGGGUUGGGUCCAGACACAGAAAAUAGAGUAACUCGGACCUACAUUGAAACGCGUGGGGUCAGAAGGCUGUUCGUUCCAAAGAAAGCGAUGGUCCUUGGUCGGUACAUGAAACUUUUGCGAAUAUAUGCUGCAAAAGACAAGCAGGGUUACUCAAAGUUCGAUGGCGUUCAUGUAUUCAACCGAUGAUCAAUUUAGCUUAAAAGCUGUUCUGACCUGUCUAAAACCGAAAUAAUACACAGGAAAAGAAGUACAUUCUCCAUGCUAUAUGUAAGACACUAAAUAAUCGGAUCCCACAGGGUUCCGUCUUCUGACCAUUAUUGCUUUGUAUAUACAUGUAUAUAUAUUGGUGGCAUGAAAUCACAUUCUAGAGGAAUAGUGACAAACUUACUUCAUAUAGGCUAUGAUAUAAUGAUGUUUGCUUUCCAUAGGAUCGCAAGAAAUUUUUCUACCGCCUUACCAAAAGGUUGCCGUUCAUACCUUCGUUCAAUCCACAGAAAGCCUGGACCUACGAUGAGAACAGUGGCAAAAUGUCUCUAUUGAAUACCAUUUCAGAAAUGUCUCCUGAGAGAGUUAUAGUCGUAUACGAGUUGAGUACCACUUGUUACAAGAUUUUGUACAGCGCAAAUUUUCACAUAGGGCAUUUGAAGAGACUCAGUGUAUUUAAGCAAUUCAUGGUAUUGCAGUGUGCCACUGGUGUCAAGCUUACGAAAAUUUUACACUAUAUUUUUGAUCCCGCAAAAGGUUCUAUUUGCGGACAAAUCAUUAUUCCUAAAAGUGAUGCUUGUUUUAUGGCUUUAAGCGUUGUGACAUUCGGAUGCCAGGGAAAGGUAUUGGUCCACUGUAAGGUACGGGGUAGAAUAGCAGCAACUGUUUAUGACAUAAAAGAGUUGAACCAGACUAGAAAUGUUUUAGUCCGUAUGGAAAAUGGCAUAAAGGUCUCUCUAAGAAGAUUUCUAUUCACAAUGUGUGAAGAUAUUUACCACUUCGAACAACGAGGGAAAAUAAUGUAUAUCAUAUCGUAUUUUAAGUCGAAAGUGUACCAACCGGCGAAGUAUCCAAUAAAAUCAGAAUGGAGCAGUCAAAUUCGUGCUCUCCAACUGAAAUUCAACAGAGUUUACGGGUUACUGUUUGCAGUCGGAAGGCCUGGACCUCGAGUGUUUGGGCUUAGGCACUCCCACCGAGUAAAUAGUAUUAAGAGAGAACCAGGUGAACUCGAGUACCGGUACAGAGAGGUCCAGGUAUCCUUCUCCCCAUCACAAUUCGUCAUAGAUCACAAUACUUUUAACCUCAACCCAACUGAUGGGUCAUUUUUGCAUUUCAUCCAGUCCUCAUCAAACAAACCCGGUAUUAUGGUGCUGUAUCACUCAGUAGAUAUAUACAGUGCAGAAUUCUACCACAGCUAGGAUAGUUACCUUGAAGCUAAAUGCGGACUACCGAACAUUAUACUCCCAGACGCAGUUGAAUCGGCCCUUUAUCUCUCCACCUAUUCAUGAGUAAGCAAAAAGAGGAUGAAGAAAUCGGGCUGCCUCGGGUGGCUAUUACCUGCAGAAAUAGGCCUCUUAUAACAUUAUUUCUAGCAAAUAGUUACCGUCGUUCUGUCACCAGCGUCUCACCUUGGGGUUUUAUUGACGUGCAUGGCCGUCAAGGGUUGGCUGUCCUAAAUUACACAAUCCCACUUUCGGAUACAUUGAAGUAAAAAUUGUUUGGAAUGUGUGUUUGUGUUGAAAUUUUGGAACUAUAUAUGUAAUACCGUGUCUUUAGUUCAUCGGUUGAGUAAGUGGAAGAUAACAUGUAUUGAAAAGGUUUUAACCUUGCAUUGUAGUUUAGAGUAACUCUUAAGAUUGGAGGCUUUCGACCAGCAACCAGGGGUCAGUCUUCGUAACUCUCAAAAAUCACUUUUCUGCAAGAGUUCUCCAAGUUAGUCAGGGCAGACUGUACACACAUGUAACAGUUCUCUUCUUGAGGCAUGGGAAAUUUCAGAGAGGGGUGUCCACUAUUGGGCCAACCCCUUGUCUGCUAUUGCCCCGCUAUUCCCUAUCAGCUCAGCAUGCAAGGUACAUGUUUUGUGACUGUGUUGGAACUGAUCAUUCAUUCCAUCAAUCAAAUGGAAAUUGCCAUUGUCACAAUUCACAUCAAUUAAGUGGAUUUAUGUGGUGUCACCAACUGAUGAAAUGUCACCAAAUUGUAUGCGUUUUUUAUUUUCACAACCAUAAUGAAACGGCCAAGGACCAUUGUGCUCACCGUAUAUAUAUUUGGUGGUUAGGAAUUCAUCCCGGUUAAGAAACAUGCAACAUGUAUAGUAUAUAGGUCAAACCAAAGUCGGUAUGGAAUGUGAUGUAUCGCUGCUUGGAGUACCUACCAUAAAAAUAUCAUCGAAAACAAGACACUAAUAAGCGAGAUAUUGCACUUUUUAGUGAAGAAUCAGAUCGGAUCCAAAUUCGGUGUCGUAGGGAGUCAUGUGUACCAAAUUUCAAGUUCAUAGCUUUAGCGGUUAAGAAACGUGCCAUAGUUACACUUUAGCGGCCAAUUCACACCAUUUUGACCUCUGUGACCUUGAAAAUUAGGUGAAAUCAAAAACCCGUAUAUAUAUAUAUGUGAUGUAUCCUUGCUAGGAAAACCUACCAUAAAAAAUUAUCGAAAACGAGUCACUCAUAAGGGAGAUAUCACACUUUUUAGGUUUCCACUUCUGGCCCCCUGGUGGCCAAGUGAAGAAUUUGAUCGGACUGAAAUUUAUUGUCAGAAGACACCUGACCUGACCUCGUCAGAUGAAGGGUCGAAUCCUCAACUGUAAAGUUUGUGGGUUGCAUUGUUGGAACCCAUGCACAAAUUAUAACGCCAAGUGUUCCAGAGAACGCCAACAGCUCCCC